UUUGUAAACUAUCGUUUCGUGCAUUGUCACCGGGUGUUUAUAUUUCAAUAGAUCUAGACCAGAAUUCUACAUCUAGAGUGAAUAGAGUCUAAAAUCCAGAUUAGAUUUAGACCUAGAAGUCUAUUCUAGUCUUACUGUACUUGAAUUUAAAUCAAUUAUUUUAUCUUAGGUGUGUUGUUUUAGUGGGCAACAUGUUCCUAACUCGCUCCGAGUAUGACAGAGGUGUGAACACAUUUUCUCCAGAAGGUCGUCUGUUUCAAGUAGAAUAUGCUAUAGAAGCAAUCAAACUUGGCUCAACUGCCAUUGGCUUGAAGACUAAUGAAGGAGUGGUGCUGGCUGUAGAGAAAAGAGUUACUUCUUCACUUAUUGAAGCUGGAAGUAUAGAAAAAAUUAUGGAAGUGGAUAAACACAUUGCAUGUGCUAUGAGUGGUCUUAUUGCAGACUCAAAGACUUUAAUAGACAAAGCACGAGUUGAAGCUCAGAAUCACUGGUUUACUUACAAUGAGAACAUGGGUGUCGAGGGAGUCACACAGGCUGUCUCUAAUUUAGCUCUACAGUUUGGGGAUGAUGACCCUGACCCUGGUGCCAUGAGCCGUCCAUUUGGUGUCGCCCUUUUAUUCGCUGGAGUUGAUGAGAAAGGACCAAGAUUAUUUCACAUGGAUCCAUCUGGAACAUUUAUACAGUAUGAUGGUAAAGCCAUAGGGUCUGGAUCUGAGGGUGCUCAACAGGCAUUACAAGAAGUUUAUCACAAGUCAAUGACACUGAAGGAAGCAUGUAAAGCUGCUUUGACAAUACUGAAACAAGUUAUGGAGGAAAAAUUAAAUUCUACUAAUGUAGAGAUGUGUACUGUCACUCCUCAAAAUUUGUUUCGCAUGUUUACCAAAGAAGAGUUGGAAGACAUUAUCAGGGAAAUUUGAUAAGUUGUUCUACAUAAUAUGUCUGGAGGUGUUUGUUUUUACUUUUUAUUAUGUUUCACUUUUGAACAUCAUUGGACUUUGAGCAGUUGAAAUGUUGUUUUUCACAAGCUAUGUCCCCUGGAUGUAUCUGUUAUCAAUAGUAUUCUUUGACUUCCAUGUAGAAGAGUUAACACUACAACACUGCUCUGGUCUAUAUGAAUAAAAAGAUCAUGCUAAACUGAA